AUGCACGGGGCACGCUCCGCCGGAUGUCGCGGCCGCUUCCGCGUGGCGGUGGCAGAGGGGGUGGAGGGGACGGGGCCGUCGUGCGCCGUGCCGUCCCCACAGCGCCGGCCGGCCGCGCCCAGCAGGUGGCGAAUGCUGGGCGCCAGCUGCGACGCGGACCGCGACUGCGCCGUGCCCUACAGCCGCUGCAUGGCCGGCGCCUGCGCCUGCCAGGCCUACUACGCCCGCUACAACGAGUCGCGCUGCCUGCCCUCGACGCUGCUGGGCUUCGAGUGCCUGGUGCGGGAGCAGUGCUCACUGAAGGUGGCCAACAGCAGCUGCAUACACGGCCUGUGCCGCUGUGAGCCCGGAUUCCUGCAGUUCCGCCGACACACCUGUCUCAGCCCGGCCAAGCCUGGCGACGUGUGCUACAGCGACGCGCACUGCCGCCUGUGGGACGCCAACUCGCACUGCCACUUCCUCAUCCCGAAGCUGUUCGGCCGGUGCGGCUGCAACGCGCACAUGCUGCCUCGCGGCAGCCUCUGCGUGCCGUCCCAGGAGGAAGACUUUCCGCCGCCGCCGCUGCUGCCCUCGCCGGCCGCUCCUGCCGACGCCACCACCACUCACCCGCCUGUCACCACCGCCGUCACCGAGACCACCACCACCACCACCACCACUGCCGCACCAACAACUACUGCCGCACCGACAAACAAGGCACCAUUCACCCCUGACCAUACCACCACUCCGAGCACCACAGUACACACUACAGAGGAAAGUACUUCUGUGCAUACUGUUACAGAAGGAGUUACCACGCCAAGCACCACGGCAGCAGCCUCCACGACUCAAAGCCCCGAGGCGACAAGUACCACUUCAGGCGCGGACGAAGCCUUGUCGUCAGAGUCUACCGAAUCACUGGCAGUGUCUUUCAGCACCAGCGAUGCUGCACCAGUGACCGACCGUGAGCCAGAUGUCUCCAUCAAAUACCCCGUCCCCAGCUCCUAUCCUACACCAGCUACGGAGGGUCCUUACAGGGAUGUAACAGCCGAAAUGGAAGCGGAAACCUCUCCGUUAAUGGCUGAUGCUACGUCUCCUCCAAUGUUCAGUACACCAUCAGAACCUGAAGUUCUAACCUCUUCACCGUCCCCUGUUGAAGCCGCAGAAAACAUUUUCGGAAGUUCUGAAGCGACAGUGGAGACGUCAUCGCCAUCACAACCUGCAGAUAUUAGCGACAUCGUUGCUUCUUCAACUAUUCAAUCAUCUAGUCCUGAAGCAUCGACCAGUAGUUCUUCCGAAGCCCUACCGACGACACCGAAACCUGAAACACACCUCGAAGAAAACGUCGAAAUCUCUUCUCCGACCGUUACAGAUUUUCCCGACAAUCAGGCUUCAGAUUCGGUUGAAACUUCCGCUUCCGUUCCGAGUCAUCCACCUCCAUUUAGCGUCGGUACAGAGCUGACGUUUGAUGCCAAUUACGCCACUUCGACGGAUAACCAGCCGUCUUCCUCCAUCGAUGACACCUGGAUGUCAUCAUCCUCGGCCUAUUCCGAGCUGGUGGUAACAACUGCACAGGAUACGUCUUCCUCCGUCGAUGACGGCUGGGUUUCAUCUUCAGCUUCUUCCGACGCUCCUGUAACGACGACUCAGGGUGUAGAUGCCGCCACGAAUGACGUAGAAGUCGGGGCCUCCUCUACAGAACCGGCGACCCCGACGCAGGAGACUCCAGGUACCUCCAGCUCGGAACCGCUUCUACAGGAUGACACUGAAGAAGAAUCAGUCACUGAGAGAGUGGUGCCGUCAGAGCUCACCGACAACCAGUCGACACCGCAGGAAGCGUCAGUUGCCUCUGAAGCUGUACCACCAUCCGGCUCAUCGUCUGCACCGCUGUUUGUUACCGAAGUGACGUCAGCCGAAAAACCUUCUACAGAAGACGAUUUGAUGCUGGCUGCAACGAGUUUUGCGGCAGGGAUGCGGCCCAUGGUGGCGGUGUCGCUGGGGCUGUCCUGCGUGUCUGACCUGCAGUGCCGCGCCGCCGACCCCAACUCCCGCUGCGUGGGCGGCGUGUGCGACUGCGCCCGCAGGCCCAACGGCACCGGCUCCUGCUGGGCCGGCAACCGCGGCUGCCACCCCGGCACCUUCCAGUGCCGGUCGACGGGCGCGUGCAUCAGCUGGUUCUUCGUGUGCGACGGUCGGCGCGACUGCGCCGACGGCUCGGACGAGGAGUGCAACGCGGCAGAGGGCGGCGGCUGCCCGCCUCUCGCCUUCCGCUGCGGCUCGGGCGGCACCUGCGUGUCGCGGGCGGCGCGCUGCGACGGCAACAGGGACUGCCCGCUGGGCGAGGACGAGCUGGGCUGCUCCCAGAGGACGGUACGAGAUUCUCGAGACCGGUGGGAGAGUUUCAGGGGGAGCCAUAGUAGACAUUUGAAGUCUCCAUCCGGCCCAUCUGGCUCUGCAGUUAAAAUAAGAAAACCUUAUUAUCUUUUUGGAUAUGUGAUGUUUUACCAACGUUUUAGGAAGUCUCGGGAAAUGAAGGACAGUGUCUCAAAUGCAAGCGCGGUGAGUAUUUCACUUGAACAGACACAAGAAGCUGUGCGCAAGAACGUUGAAAGUGGCAACGAAUGUGUCGUUACGACGCAAUAUGACCGUCGGUCAAGAAAUACAUCACUGUCAUCCCCUGGCGAAAACUGUAUUUUAUCAACAUCUCAACCAAAAAGAUCCAAAAAGGCCAGCAAUGCUGGUACAGCAUCCCAUGCAGUUGUCAACAAGUCAGCGUACGAAUAUUUUCAUUCGAAGAAUAAUUAUGUAAAUAUUGAGUGUAUAGAGAACAAGAAGUAUGAAGAUCCAGAUUUGGCUUUUUUUAUAAGUGUUCUUCCUGAUAUGAAAAAAAUGAAUGAGGAUCAAAAAAGGCGGUUCAAAAUUGGAGUUUUACAUUUGUCUGGGCAUAUUUUAAGUGAGGAGAAGCGUUUGCUACAACACUCUUUUACUCAUCACACUUGCCCGGCUUUCACUUUCCCGUGCACUGGCGCCGGAACAGUGAGCUGCCUGCCCGACUACGAGCUGUGCAACGCGGUGGUGUCGUGCGCCGACGCCAGCGACGAGCCGCAGUGGUGCCGCGUGCCGCCCCCGACCGCCGCCGCCUCCCGCCGCCGCCUCCGGCUGCGCGCACGCCCCCGCACGGGCCCGCGCUGCCCCUUCCGCUGCGACAAUGGCCGCUGCCGCUCCACCGCCAUCCUCUGCUCCGGCCGCGACGGCUGCGGCGACGCCAGCGACGAGGCGCAGUGCAGGGUCUGCAAAUGCGCCCCGGCGUCCGAGUGAGGCUGAGCAGAAGAAGCACAUUCAGUGGGUGGUCACGCGGUUCGCUGCGGCCAAAGAGCCCCGCCGUCUUCCCAGCGAGGUGCCCGGGCAGCGAAGCGGUUCCGGGCCUCCCGAGAGUCGAUCUGCCACCAACGGAGAUACUUACGGCUUAUGCAUGUAUUGUAAGGACUUGAUGGUGCAGCACGAGUGAAGGGAUGUUGCACGCCAAGAAAUUUCCGUGCUCCCAUUAACGGACGGUGCCUUGAACGCUGUGGGCACUAAAUUUAAGUGUCUCCUUGUUUCUGUUAGUGUACAGUGAUGUGGCCUUCCUAUCUUGACACAGACAGAGAGAAAACUCCCAUAUACUUCCUUCUUACUUACCUGAUUUUGUAACUUACAGAUUUAUCAUAAUUUAUCCUCUUUUUCCGUAUUUUGUUGGUGGAGAAAGAAAUAAGAAACACCCACAUUACUUAUUUAUUACUAUUUACACACACUAGGAGAUCCCUGGUAAUCGGAUUUUUGUAAUUCUUUACAUUCAUGGUAAUUGACGUUCAGAAUUCAAUUAUCAGUCACCAAAAAUACUUCAGUGCAACACUAAAAAUUCUCGAGAAAAUCGACUUCGAAAUUUUCCAAUGACCAUGAAUUCACCAAAGUAAAUGAGAGUUUUCUGAUGGAUCGUAUGGCUCACUUGGUACUGUUGGACUAGAGUAACCAACUAAUGAAUGGAUCAUUGGUUCAAAUCUCUCUAUGGAUUUUUCGUUUUUUCUUUUUUUGUUCAAAUCGAAUAUCUGCAGCAUUUAAAAAUAAAAUUAAUCAAACUUGUGAUAAACAGCACAUAUCUAAUCAUCAUGUUUUUAUGAAAAAUGUAUGUCUUCCUGUUUCUAAUAUCAUAUCACACGCAAAAUUCCAGUUUUCAGUGCAAAUUUAAAGUAGUAAUCUGAUAUUUUACAAAUAUGGUUAAUAUAUUUCGAAUGUUUUCUUUUAAAUUCAACAUCUUUAUUAACAGUCUUUUAUAAAAUAUUGGCAAUUACGAAUUUGUAUUUGCAGUGCAUGCAGUAUGUAAUUAGAAACAAGAAGAUAUACACUUUCCAUCAAAAAUUUUAUUACAUAUGUGUUAAUUAGCAUGUAUUUGAUGAAUCCUAUAUUCAAAUGAUCUAGGUACUGGAACUGAACGAAAAAAAAACUAAAAAGAAGG